AUGGAUACUGAAUCAAUUUUACCAGAACCGUGGACUAUCAGGUAUAGUAGAUCCAAGAAACGAGAAUAUUUUUUCAAUCCAGAGACUAAAGCUUCUCAAUGGGAGGCACCAGAAGGAGUUGAUGAAGAUAAAUUGAGAUCAUUUUUAGAGACUCAUCCAUUGAGAGUAAGAUGUUUGCAUCUUUUGAUCAAACAUAAGGAAUCCAGAAGACCAGCAUCUCAUAGAUCAGAGGAUAUUACUAUUAGUAAAGAAGAAGCCAUUGAAGAAUUAAAGGGGUAUCAAGAGAAAUUGAAGAACGAUCCAACUUUAUUCGAAGAGUUGGCUAAAGAGCGUUCUGAUUGUUCAUCAUUCAAGAGAGGAGGUGAUUUAGGAUAUUUUGGUAAAGGUGAAAUGCAACCUAGUUUUGAGAAAGCUGCAUUCAAAUUAAAGAUCAAUGAAAUCAGUGAUAUUGUCGAAUCUGACAGCGGUGUUCAUCUAAUCAAAAGGGUAGCAUAA